AGUCGCAGGAUCCGCGCGGUGCUCGACGGUCUGAACCGGACUCUCCGCGGGAUGAACGCGCCUUUGUUUCCGUGUGUGAACCCGCAUCAGCCCCGCAGCUCCAGGUUCAGGGUGGACUCCUGGACCAGCUGAAGAAGGACUUCAGACUCUGCGGAUCCGCCUGGAGAAGAAGGAAAACAAGGUCUGAAAGUUGAGAAAAGACGCAGAAGCAGCAGGAGCAGAUCCAGGAGCAGCAGAUCCAGGAGCAGCAGAUCCAGGACCAGUAGAUCCAGGAGCAGAUCCAGGACCAGUAGAUCCAGGACCAGUAGAUCCAGGACCCGCAGAUCCAGGAGCAGUAGAUCCAGGAGCAGCAGAUCCAGGACCAGUAGAUCCAGGAGCAGAUCCAGGACCAGUAGAUCCAGGACCAGUAGAUCCAGGACCCGCAGAUCCAGGAGCAGCUGCGGCUCCUUCGGUCACAUUUCACUCACUUUUUACGCACGACUUCCCCUUCAGCAUGUCCACCUCCAUGAGGACUCUGCUCUGGAUACUAGUUCUGGCUCCAAAUCUAAGAUGCAACGCCGAUCCAGGCCUGUCAGCAGAUGCAGACGGUUUGGCCGAGCCUCAGAGUGGAGCUGCACCGACAGCUGAAGGUUAUUUCCUGGAGUUUCAGGAGCCGGUCAACAACAUCACCCACUUCCAGGGCCAGACGGCGACCCUGCACUGCAAAGUGAGCGGAAACCCGCGGCCGUCCAUCCGCUGGCUGAAGAACGACGCCCCGGUGGUGCAGGAACAAGGACGCAUCACCAUCCGCAAAACCGAGGCCGGAUCCAAGCUGCGCAUCACAGACCUGGACACCACCGACACCGGCUACUACCAGUGUGUGGCCUCCAACCCACAUAAGGUCAUCACCGCCACCGGAGUCCUCUACGUCAAACUAGGGCAGAUGCCCACACACGGCCCAGAUGAACCGUCCCAUGAUAAAGGGUUCUGUCAGCCGUAUCGAGGCAUCGCCUGCGCUCGUUUCAUUGGAAACCAGAGCAUCUACGUCGAGUCUCUGCAGACGCAGGGGGAGAGUGAAAACCGCAUCACAGCUGCCUUCACUAUGAUCGGCACCUCCACCCACCUGUCAGACCAGUGCUCCAGGUUCGCCAUCCCAUCCUUCUGUUACUACGUCUUCCCCUUGUGCGACGAAGGCUCUCGAGGUCCUCGCCGGCGCCAGCUCUGCCGAGACGAAUGCGAAGCGCUGGAGAACGAGCUGUGUCACGCAGAGUAUACGAUCGCCCGCUCCAACCCCAUGAUCCUCAUGCAGCUGCAGCUCCCCAGCUGCCACCUGCUGCCACGGCCCGGCACACCCGACGCCGCGUCCUGCAUGAGGAUCGGAGUUCCACCGGAGAAACUGGGUCCAUAUUACCCAUCAGACCACAGCUGCUUCAACGGCAGCGGGGCCGACUACAGAGGCACCGUCAGCGUCACUAAGUCCGGUCACCAGUGCCAGCCGUGGAGCUCCCAGUACCCCCACAGCCACCACCUGACCCAGGACUACCCCGAACUGUGGGGGGGGCACAACUUCUGUCGUAACCCCGGAGGCCAGAUGCAGGCGCCCUGGUGCUUCACCCUGGACCCUCAGGUCAGGGUGGACCUGUGUGACAUCCCAUCCUGCAAGCCUCCAGAGAACCCCAGAAAGGAGAUCCUGUUCAUUCUCAUUCCAGCGGUCGCAAUCCCUUUGGUCAUCGCUUGCCUGUUUUUUCUGGUUUGCAUGUGUCGCAAUAAGCAAAAGGCGUCGACGGACACGCCCCCUCGUUGCCAGGUCAACAGUUCACCCAAUCACGACAUGGAGCUGUCUCUCCUCAGUCAGCAAAAACACCAGGGCAAGUUGCGGGAGAUCAACAUGUCAGCGGUGCGAUUUAUGGAGGAACUCGGUGAGGAUCGUUUCGGCAAGGUUUACAAGGGCCACCUGUAUGGCACUGCACCAGGUGAGCAGACCCAGGUGGUGGCCAUCAAGACUUUAAAGGACAAGGUCGACUCCACUCUCUGUGAGGAAUUCCGUCACGAAGCCAUGCUGCGCUUCCACCUCCAGCACCAAAACAUUGUUUGCCUGUUGGGUGUGGUCACCAAAGAGAAGCCAAUGAGUAUGGUCUUCAACUACUCCAGCAUGGGGGACCUCCAUGAGUAUCUAGUGAUGCGUUCGCCCAACUCUGACGUCGGUAGCUCAGAUGAUGACAAGACGGUCAAAUCCACACUGGAGCAGGCAGACUUCCUUCAUGUCAUCACUCAGGUUGCUGCUGGCAUGGAGUACCUGUCCAGCCAGCAGGUGGUUCAUAAGGACCUGGCUGCCCGGAACAUUCUGGUCUAUGACAAACUCAGCGUCAAGAUCCAGGAUCUGGGCUUGUUCAGAGAUGUCUAUUCAGCUGAUUACUACAACCUCAUGGGGACGAGCCCUUUCCCAAUUCGCUGGAUGUGUCCGGAAACAGUCAUGUACGGCAAGUUCUCCACCGACUCCGACAUCUGGUCUUAUGGAGUACUGCUGUGGGAGACCUUCAGUUAUGGUCUGCAGCCUUAUUGUGGCUACUCCAACCAGGAUGUAGUGGAGAUGAUCCGCAACCACCAGCUGCUGACCUGCCCGGAUGACUGCCCCGCUUGGAUCUACACCCUAAUGCUGGAGUGCUGGAGUGAGUUCCCUGCCAGAAGGCCUCGCUUCAAAGACAUCCACACCCGUCUGCGCUCCUGGGAGAACCUGUCCAACUACAACAGCUCAGCUCAAACCUCUGGCACCAGCAACACCACCCAGACCAGUUCUCUGAGCACCAGCCCCGUUAGCAACAUCAGCAUGAGCACAGCUAACGCGUCCCGCUACACCAGUCCAAAAAAGACCUCCCCCUUCCAUCAGCCCCAGUUCAUGCCAAUGAAGGGCCAAAUGCACCGGCCCAUGGUGCCCCCACAGCUCUACAUCCCCGUCAACGGGUACCACCCCAUGCCGGCAUACCCUUACCUGCAGAACUUCUACCCCAUGCAAAUCCCCAUGCCCAUGCCCCACCAGCAGAUGCACCACCCUCCUCAGAUGGUGACCAAGGCUGGUUCUCACCACAGCGGCAGUGGAUCCACUUCGACAGGUUACGUCACCACAGCGCCUUCCAACACCUCUGUCACAGAGCGAGCCGCUCUGCUAAACGAGGACUCCAAGACCAAUAACGAGGACUUGGCUGAUGGGGUGUCCCAGGGGGAGCUGGACCAAAACGAGGACUUGUCAGUGCCAGAAACAGAAUUGCUCGGUGACAACGAGCCACAGACUGAAGAGCUUGUGAUCCACAUGUCUGAUACAUAAGGUUCUAAGGUGUGAAGGACGCUGGAGCUGAAUAUUCUGUGAGCUGUGCUUGCCAAAAACUUCAAUGAGCAGCAGAAAGUGAAGGGAGCAGUUUUGCAAAACAGUGACUGAAUGUUUUUUUUAUGCAUUUUCUUGAUAGUACCUGACAUGUGCUAGAAGUGUCUUAUGUUUGUACCUCUUGAACUCCUGUGUCAAAUGUUAAGCAAAAUGAAUCCUGCAUUACACUAUAGACUGUUUUUUAUAGAAUGUUCCUCUGAUUAACUGAUGCUUUUAAUGUUGCUGUGCAACAUGAAACACGUUGUCGCAGGAUUUAACAGGACAUGUCGGUCCUCUCUGAAGGGGACAUUUUUGACGAGCAGACGAUCACUAUCAUCUUCAAAACCUAUGCAAUGCUACAUGUGUUUGACAGAAGGCUUAACUAUGAUGCAGAUAUUGGUACCAGUGAGUAAACAGUUGUUUUGUUCAUAUGUUAUUUGUGCACCCCUCGGGCCAGAACGAUGUUUAAAGGUUAUUAUUCUGUGGUUUAUGAGAGACAAUGUAGCCACAGUCAUAGAACAAUAGAAUGUAUGAUGACUAGAUUUAUUUAGGAUUUUUGAAAGAAACAGCUUAUUUGUAAGGUGUUUAAUUAUUAUGAUAGUCAAUGAGAUGUUUUUUAAACUUAAAUCCAAGGACAAAGAAUAAAUGUAAAAUGCUUUGUUUCAAAGCAGAGGACAUGUGAUGUAUUCCAUAUGACUAGGGCUUCGCUAAACGACCAAAACCUCACAUCCCAGUGUUGUUCAUUUUCAUAUCAACAUUAUGGUACAUGUCUUGCCUUGCAGAGCAGUUAUAACAUCAUGUUCAAAUAUUAGACAGAAUGUGACGUGUGAAACUACAUGAUGGUGUGUAGUAUAAAGCAAAUUAUGAAUCAUAUCAAAUACAUGUUUCCCUCAUCCCACCAUAUAUAUUGCCAUAUGGCACAGCCCUACAUAUGAUUUAUUUCACACUAAGCUGAGAUAUGUAACAUCAAACUUUGCUAGUCAAGCUGUACAGAUUUGCAAUUUGUAAACUAAUGUACUUUGGUUUGAACAUUUUAUUUGUUUAUAUUUUUCCUUUUUGGUGAAGUUUGUUAAGCCUGGUGUUAAUGCACUGUUCCUUGACACCAGCUUUGUUUAAGCAGAUGUAAUAUGAUGACCUUAUAUUGUGUCCAUCCAUGUAUGGAGUAUUCAAUAAAGUAAUUUGAUAAAAUAA